GAAUGUGAUGAAAAAGGUCCAAAGGAAGAUCACUCUUUUUCUCUCUCUCUCGAGACAACAAUGGAAAAAUUAUUAAGUGAAGAGAACAUCCAUUCAUGCAUCCAAAUCCGCAUCCAACUAUUACAUAUACACUUCUCAGUCAGGAACAGGGGCAGAGUACACAAGGGCUAAUUAUUUUGUUCUGCGUGUUUUCUUGCUCAAAAACGACCGACCACGACAUGACAAGCAAAAGUGGCUGACACUGAUUUUGGACUGCAGUAAAGGAGUCGUUGUUUCUACCUGCCCUAGAAAAGUCUCAUCACUAAGGGCAGCGUGUGUUAUGUCCAGCUAGAGAAAAAAGAAUCCUCAGGCAGGAGAUACUUGGUUGGACACUUCUUCCCCAAACAAUGCAAUAAACCUUUUCUCAUAGUGCUACACCUGUGUACAAUCAGUUACCAGUCGGAUGAGUAAUAAUCCCAAUGGUUUACUUGGAAGCGACCCACAGCGUUGUUGAACUGCAGACGAGUGAGUGGUGACUAUUAUUAAGACGUUGCAUUCUUUACUAAAAGUUCGGAUAACACAAAACAGCACAUAGUCCGCUUCACGAGUUUGUUGCUUCAGUUUUGUGUAAAAGUGAGUUCUUGUAAAUUAAAUAUUAGGUAUUCAUAAUUGUGUUUGUAAGGUGCAGAAGACGUGUUUUGUAAAAUAUAACAUUCUUAACAAGCAGAACAAUAGGAUGCAUUGGAAUUCGAAGUGUGUGACAAUGGCGAGUGUGCCAAAUAUUCUCAGAGUGUUAAGUGCAUUUCUAAUUAUCCAAAGCCUCAGUUUUCACGGGGAAGCUGCAGGUGCCAAGAGAUCGAAGACGCCCAGUGGCUUGUAUGUCGACGACGGGAAGGGUCACACUGUGCUCACGCAAAAAUUUAGCAAAAAAGAUGUGCGGGAGAUAUCAUAUGAUAUUUUGAACAUUAUGGGCUUCAACCACAGACCGCACCCACACCUCGUGGACAAAGCAUCUCCAGCGUCUCAGUUUCUUCUGGAGGUUUAUAACUCGAUGGGAAACGAGGUUGAUGUGGAUUUAAGCAAUGGAGAACAUGGCAGACGACAGAAUUGGAGAGGAUCAUCACACUUGAAAAAUCUGAGCUGGAGUGAAUUUAACGUUGACCAGACUGAUGUGGACGCAAUCAAACGAGCCGAUGCCAUCAUCAGCUUCGUUAAUAGAGGACACAGAUUUUCCGACAGACUGAAGCAAUUUGCCGAAGAUAAACAAUUUUGGUUCGACGUCUCCGAAGUUUCCGAUUUGGACUUGGUGUUGGGAGCAGAACUUCGGAUCUGGAAAAGGACGCUGGCAGGCAAGAAUGAUCCCCCAAAUGACGUCAACGCUGACCCAACAAGUGAGAUCUUUCGAGUGUCUGUCCACCAAGUGUCACCUGGGGCGGAUGACAGGUCUUUUGAAUUGACAGAGUUGGAUGAAAUAAUGACUGCAAAAUGGGAGCAAGGUUGGCUGCGUUUCAACGUAACUUCAGCAUUCCGUAAAUGGAUACAUCGACCUUCCGACAACUUAGGUUUAGUCAUCUCAACGAAAAAUUUCCUUGAAGGUACCGAGGUCCCAAUGUUGAAAUCUGGGCUGGCUACAAUAAUGGACCCUGAAGAACACCAACCAUUCCUCGUUUCUUUUUUGGAGAGUCCUGAAUCCCACAAGGCGGAGAAAGCACAUCGUCGUCGCCCAUCUCGAGUAACUCGGUCUGCCGAAACCGGAGGAGCAAACCGACAAAAGAGAAACAAAAAGACCAAGAAAGCCCGAACCUAUGAUUUUCCGGAUGUGUUGGAUCGCCCAAAAAGCUGUCAAAUGGGAAUGUUGUAUGUCAACUUUGAAGAUUUGGGCUGGAAAGACUGGGUCAUUGCUCCAGAUGGAUUCAUUGCAUACUAUUGUCACGGAGAGUGCUCUUUCCCAUUAACGGCCAGUAUGAAUGCAACAAACCAUGCAAUCGUCUCCACAUUAGUUCACACAUACUACCCGAUGGAGUAUCCAAAACCAUCCUGUUCGCCCGUGAAGCUGGGUUCUAUUUCUAUGUUGUAUUAUGACGACCUUUCAAACGUAACAGUGAAGAAGUACAAGGACAUGGUGAUCAAAUCCUGUGGCUGCAAAUGAAUAUUCUACAAAAUCAUUGAUACAUUUAUAUAAUUUGCACUGACGUAUAGACAAGCUUUAUUAUUGUAAAAACCCAUUUUGCGUAUCUUAUACUUCUUCCAUGCAGUACUGUAUUUAGUAAGAAAUUUGUUUCACGAGAGUGUCACAUGUAUGACAUCAAUAUUUUUACCAACACUAGAAGUUAAACUAUAAUAUGAACGUUUUAAUUAAAAUAUAAUGAAAUCGUUCAGUAAAAAUGGUAGAUGAACAUUGAUUUCAAUAAUGCACAUAUGUAUAAGGAUGCUAAUAAUCAGGUUGAAUUCUAAAUGUUAAUUAUUAUUCUAUGAGACUGCGUAAACAAAAGAGGCUAUGCUUUGUGAAAUCGCCGUGUAAUUAUUAUUCAGAUGGAGUCAUAAUAGUUUAUUGGUCAGUGAAAGGAUAACCAGUACAUUUGUACAUACGUAUGAUGUGAAAUAAAUUCAAGAAUUAAAUUGAUUAAUUUGUAUUACCAA